AUGCCUGCUACUAAAUUAUCAGGAUGGUCCUUCAAAGCCCCGAAAUCCACCGAAUGGAACGAUUCCUCAGAUAUGACCAAAGCCACCUGCGAGAUCUUCCCGGAUCUUCUGGCAAUUGGUGCCAUCCCAAACCCGUUCGAAAAUAUGAACGAGUUGGAAGUGCAGUGGGUUGGAGAGAGCGAUUGGGAGUACAGGUGCUUCUUUGAGGCAGCUCAGUAUGGCGAACACGAGCUAGUAUUUGAAGGGCUUGACACAUUCUGUGACGUCUACUUGAAUGGAGUGAAGAUCUUGGAGACCCAGAACAUGUUUUUGAAAUACGAGGUCAAUAUCACGCCCCACGUUAAGGCAGACACCAGAAACGAGCUUCGAUUGUAUUUUCACAGUGCUUUGCUGAAAGGACGGGACAUGUGGGAGCAUCUGGGGAGGACCGGUUGCUCUAAUGGAGAGGGGAGCAGAUGUUGGGUCCGCAAGGCUCAAUACCACUACGGCUGGGACUGGGGCCCCAUGUUGAUGUCAUGUGGCGUUUAUUUGCCUAUAACUUUGUACUCCUACAACGAAAAGCUGACGUCGGCUGUUGAGACUUCAUUGGAGGGUGGCCUGAGGGUAAAUGUGAAUGCAAAGGGGAAUGGAAAAUUGUUGGCCAAAAUCAGUCACUACUGGAAGGGAAAAGGUCUUGAAACAGACAAUCUUGCCUUUUUUGAGCUUGAGCCUUUUUCCGAAGGAAUAUACUCGCGUGAGUUCACCUCCAGUGACUUCCCCUUUGUGCUGUGGUAUCCCAAUCAAAUGGGCGAGCAGAACUUGUAUUCCCUCGAACUUGUGCUCGUUAAUAAUUCCUAUGAGGUCUUGGACAAAAAGAUACACAAAUUUGCUUUCCGCAAGAUCGAGCUGGUUGAAGACGAAUACAAGUCAGAGUCGGGCUCCAGCUUCUACUUCAAGGUCAAUGGUGUCCCCACAUUUGCUAAUGGUACCAAUUGGAUCCCGGCCCAUUCGUUUCUCACUCAGCUCAAAGAUGAGGACUACUCGGCAUGGCUUGAGCUAGCUCAUGCUAGUAACCAGAAUAUUGUGAGGAUCUGGGGAGGAGGUAUUUACGAGCCCGAGAUUUUCUACGAGGAGUGUGACAGACUAGGUAUCAUGGUCUGGCAGGAUUUCAUGUUUGCAUGUGGCCAGUAUCCGGGCGAAGCCAACUUUAUUGAGAACGUGAGGAAGGAAGUAGCGUAUCAGAUUGAACGGUUGAGCAAACAUCCUUCGUUAGCUCUUUUCUGUGGAAACAAUGAAGACUACCAAUACGCCGAGUCUCACCAUCUACAAUGGGACAAAAACGAUAAGUCGGGCAAUUACUUCCACACAACCUUUCCUGGUAGGGGAAUUUACGAGGUGGUAAUCCCAGAUGAGCUGAAAAAGGCCAACUGUGAAGUUGCCUACCAUUUCGGAUCUCCGUAUGGUGGAUCGUAUACUCACGAUCCAGCUGCUGGUGAUACCCAUAUGUGGCAGAUCUGGCAUGGUCGCAAAGAAGAGUACCAGAAAGCAGACCUACUCGGAGCUCGAUUCAUCAGUGAAUUUGGAAUGGAGAGUUUUCCCAGUUAUGAGACUUUGAAGGAGUACAUCGAAGAACCAAGUCUCUACCCACAGAGUCAGAUUGUGGAGUUUCACAACAAGGCAAAAGAUUCUUUGCCCAGUUUGACGAAAUACAUGUACAACAACGUGAAGGUUGAGAGUGACCUGGAGGGUUUUAUCUUCUCCAAUCAGAUAAUGCAAAGCGAAUGUCUCACCUUUGCCUUGAAUCUGUGGAGGUUACGUUGGAAAAAGGUGGAAAGCAAGAGUGGUGGAACCAACUACCAGAAUGGAGGGUCCAUAGUCUGGCAACUUGACGAUUGCUGGCCUGUUAUAAGCUGGUCGAUAGUUGAUCACUUGAGACGUCCCAAACUAUCCUACUAUGCUGUGAAACGUGCUUUUGAGAAGCAAAAGCUCAUCACCAAGCGCAACGGCAAGCAGGGCUGGGAGAGGUUUGCACCAGACUCCCAGGAUACGGCCGAUAUCGAGAUUUGGGUUUCGAGCACUAGCGAGACCACUGAAACUGAUCUGCUGUAUCGUUAUAGGGUCUACGAGAUAGCUACAGGCAAGGCUGUAUUUGAAAGUGCAUCCACUCCAAUCAAGGCUCCUGCCAAUGACAUCAUCAAGCUGCAGAACGUCAAAAUAGACCACCAAAAAAGCAAAGUGGUAUAUUUUGAGGUGACUUCCAACGGCAAGAUCGUCACAUCAGCUAUAGAUUGGCCACAACCACUCAAAUACGUGCAAUAUUCCACCACCCCCGCGAUUAGUCUCGCAGUCAACGGUGACGAGGUCUCAGUGAGCACCACACAUCCAGUCAAGUGUCUGGAGCUACAUUGUGGAGACCCCAAAAACGUCUCAUAUGACGACAACGGGUUUGAUCUGGUUCCUGGUCAAAGUAAAAAAGUGAAAGUGAAGAUCACAGAAUCCGGACCUCUGCAGGCGAAAUAUCGGUUUUAUUUGGAGCCACAGUGGAAUUAG